UCGUUCUUCUCUCUUUCAUAUCGCCCUCUCCCUCUUUGUAGUUAUCGAAUAUUAUCUUUAAGAGUUUGAACGAGCUCAUUAUUCAUUUUCUCUAACCUCUCAAAAAGAGAAUCAUAAGUAACAAGAUCUCAUCCAAGAGAUUCAGUUUGGUGCACACACAAAGCUCGUAUAUAUCGUACAACAUUCUUCAUGGCUCUUCGCUGCUUAUUUCAAUCUUCAACACCUUCUUCUUAUCUCUCUAAGAUCUGUGGAUUUCGUAUGCAUGGGACCAAGGCAGCAGCUUCUGUUGUAGAAGAACAUGUCUCGGAGAUGGUGGGGACAGAACGUGAGUAUGAGGAGUAUGCUGAUGUGGAUUGGGACAACCUAGGAUUCGGUCUUGUACGGACAGAUUACAUGUUCGCCACCAAAAGUUACAGAGAAGGAAACUUCCAAGAGGGUUGCCUUAGCCGUUACGGCAACAUCGAACUCAACCCUGCAGCCGGAAUUCUCAACUAUGGCCAGGGACUAAUCGAGGGUAUGAAAGCGUACAGAGGAGAAGACGGUAGGAUUCUUCUGUUUCGUCCAGAGCUAAAUGCGAUGCGUAUGAAGGAAGGAGCCGAGAGAAUGUGUAUGCAUUCUCCUUCUGUUCAACAGUUUAUGGAAGGUGUUAAGCAGACCGUUCUUGCAAACAGACGUUGGGUUCCUCCUCCGGGCAAAGGCUCGCUGUAUCUUAGACCGUUGUUGUUUGGAAGUGGACCAAGCUUAGGUGUGUCCGCAGCACUUGAGUACACCUUUCUUGUGUUUGGUUCUCCUGUUCAAAACUAUUUUAAGGAAGGUACAGGGGCAUUGAACCUCUACGUUGAGGAGGUGAUUCCACGUGCCUAUCGUGGAGGAACUGGUGCCGUAAAGGCAAUUUCCAAUUACGGUCCAGUGCUUGAAGCGAUGAGAAGAGCGAAAGCGAGAGGGUUUUCGGAUGUUUUGUAUCUUGAUGCAGAAACUAAGAAGAACAUAGAAGAAGUUUCUGCUUCUAAUAUAUUUCUUGUGAAGGGGAAUACAAUAGUGACUCCAGCUACAAACGGAACAAUUCUUGGAGGGAUCACACGAAAGAGCGUUAUCGAAAUCGCCCUUGAUCUUGGUUACAAGGUGGAAGAAAGAAACGUUCCGGUAGAAGAACUGAAGGAAGCAGAAGAGGUUUUCUGCACUGGAACUGCCACUGGAGUUGCUUCUGUUGGAAGCAUCACAUUUCACAACUCAAGGAUUGAGUACAACGUGGGAGAUGGGAUUGUUACGCAGCAACUUCGAUCGAUGCUUGUCGGAAUACAAACUGGUUCUAUCCAAGACACUAAGGAUUGGGUUUUGCAGAUUUGACUAAUUUGAGAGAAAAACAAUUUGGUUAUGUUUGAUGUAUCAAAAGAUUUAGAACAUUAUAAGUUAUACCUAUUACGACUUUC